GGUCACACUGAUCGGAACAUCAUUAAUUAAGACAACCAUGCCAACAACUUUGAAGAUUUAUCAUGAGAAGCAAACAAGGCAGUUAUGUGCGCUCCACGCUCUUAACAAUCUAUUUCAAGAUUACAAAAUCGGCGCAAUAACAUUACCAUUACGAAAGAGACACUGGAUAGCUGUACGUCGCAUAGGUCAGCACUACUAUAAUCUGGAUUCCAAACUACGACAGCCUGAAUUGUUGGGCACUGAAUCCGACGUGCUCCAUUUUUUGCGGGAACAGCUUAAGGAAAAGGAACAGCAGCGUGAACUUUUUCUUGUAAGUUAUCGCAGCGACUGUAAUGAAUCACCACAGCGAUGGAUAGAAGAAUCGCACGACAUAAAUAAAACAACAGAUUGAACAUGAUCUUUAACAUCUAAGUUUUCUAGUCGACGAAGUGAACUUGGGCAGCCCCACAUAAUGCGUCGUGUUUAAAUUGUAAAAAGAUUAAGUUGUUGUUAGGCAUGGACAGGAAACAAUAGUACUUUAGUAUAAAUUAAUUGUAUAAGAAACAUCUCUGUAAGUUUUUUUAAAGCUGCAUCAUAGUACUUGAGAUUAAAAUAAAACUUUAAGUUUGAAA